UUAACGGACAGUUCGAAAAGUCAAAACGACGGACCGGAUUGGCAGGAUUUUGUGGGAGUCCUUUUGUUUUCGCCGCCCGUCCCGCGCAGCCCGCUCGCCCCGCACCCCCGGCCCGUUGCCAGUAGCGGAUCUCGGCCUGGACUCACACGUUUUAUUAGUCGAUCGCUCCCUUUUUUCUUCUUCUUUUUCUUCCGUUUCCCGGAGUUUUUCUCCUCCCCCUGGAAAUGCAACAGGGCUCGACGGCGUUCCCCUAGCCGUGGAGGUGAAAACGGUGCGAUUUCGGCUAUUACAAAACAGGGGGGGGUUUUUCUUUUGUUUGUCCCAUAGUUGAACGUUUGCCAAUUGUUUAGGCUUUCCCAGCUCUAGGCUUCAGUACCAGAAAAAAGAAAAUCAAAGAUGUCUGAGGCAAGGAGUAGUCCGUAUCAGUCCCCGAUUGAGGAUGUGUUUUCUUGGGCGAUACCAAACGAGCAAACUAGAAAAGAUAAGUUUACAAAGAGAAAAUGCGAGGAUGAUAGUGGUUAUACAAGUCCUCUUUCAAGCCUCAGAUCAAACAUGACCCAUACUCCUUUUCGGCCGAGUGGUACAAUGUACAACACUAGCAGCGGGGAGAUGUCGACUUCGUUCUUAAGUUUUAAUUUGAAAAAAAGAAUGAUGGGCGAUCGCUUUGAAAGUCAAGAUGACAUAUUGACUGAUAAUUCAUCCUUGCCCGGAGUGAGUACUUACUCUGAAUUUCUGAUGGAUGCAUCUUUAUACAUGGAGCCCAUGGAAACAAAUACAGAUUCCAUUUGUUCGCCGACAGAUCAAAAGGACCAAGAUUCGUUGCUUCUCAUGGAAGUGUGUAAAGAUAUAGAUGUAGAUCUGACCAUAGAAAGUGGCCGUUAUGCUACACCAACGAGUUCCUUCCAGAUUUCUCUCACUCCGACUAAACUCUCAAGAAAAACGUCCCCGAGAAAAAGAUCUCCGAAGAAGAAUCUGUUGAAAUCAUUUUCCCGAUCAAGAUCCUUGUACGGAUUUGAAAGGGUUGACUUAUUCUUCCAGCUGGGCGGUCGAGCAAACCAUAGUCUUGUAAUUUCAAAAAUCCUCGACUAUCUUUCCGAUGCAGACAUUUCCAGUAUGACUAUGGUAUCAAAAACAUGGAAAAACAUCUGCCUAUCCGACCCAAAAGCCAAAUCAAGAUGGCUUAAAUAUAUCUCACAUAGGAGGAGUAUAAAAGAAAAUCUAGGGAAGGUCAAGUACAAAGAAAAAAGAAACUUAGCUCCUCUUGUCCCUAGAAAUCACAGUACACCAUUACAAACCAGGCAAAGUACUUCACCUCCAAUCAGUCCAAGCAAAAGGCGAUUUCAUUUAUUUCAAAAGGAAGCCAAAACUCUCAAGGAAAAUGAGAUUCUUAUGCAGUGCCCACGUUGUAGGCAUCCUGCAUCGUGUUCGUCUUUGCUCAAAGUCGGAGAAUGUCGUUCAGAAUUAUGCAAGCAGAGGUUCUGCAGUAUGUGCAAAGGUGCGGAGCACAACGGGAGAAUGUGUCUAUCAAUCACACCUACGACACCGACUAAGCGAACAUGUUCGGUCAGUAGUAAACAGAGCAAAAGGUACCUGAGAAGACUGUGACACCGUCUAAAAUCUACAGUACAAAAUGAGUAUUGCUCAAUCAUCACGUUCCAGGAAAAGAAGUCUCCUCAUUUGCGGAGACCACGCUUACUACUUGAUUAGUGUUUUAAGGAAUAUUUUUUUAUACAUCAAUACGCUAAAUCAAAAGUCGAUUUAGUUAGAACAAAUGUUUAAUCCUUCGACCAAAUUUAAAUUAGUGAAAUUAAAGCUCGAAAUUAUACGCAUGAUAUUAAGGAAAUAAGUUCCUCGCGAACAACUUAAGAGCUUUUAUCUUUAUCUGUGAUGUAAUUUUGUAUAUGUUAUUAAUAAAAGUUUCCUUUUCUUGGCAAUAUGCCUUGCAUGUAUUUUUAGUGUUGAGAUCUUAAGUUAAAAAAA